AAAAAUGGUGGUCUAUAUAAAUGACAAAGAGGUCUCUCACAUUCUCACUACUCAUCAUCAAGUUUUCAUUUGUCUAGAUCUUUUUUUUUUUUUUUUCUCUUUUAAAAAUAUUAGAAGUUUCAAAGAGAAAAAUCAAGAAUGAUAUCAGUAGUGAUUCUAACUGAGCUACUAGUUGAGUACACGACGUCUCUAGCUAAACUCACUGCCGGGAUUCUUCCACGGCGUACCGGAGAUAGAAACGCCAUAAGGAUCGGUGGUUUUCUUCUUCCAACACCUUCUUCCACGUCGACGAUUCCUGAUUUCUCUUCUCAUCUCGUCGACUUCUGAUUUUGUUACUUCUUUUUCUGGUCUCAUUACUAAGUUUUUGACUUCAUAUUUGCUUCGUCUCUCUUUAUGACCUAACCGACUAAGAUUUUUACCGAGUGUCUCGUCGUCAUCUUGACCGCAUAGAGCUUUGUAUAUCCGUAUCUAAUUUUAUAUAGAGAUAAUUUAUGGUUUUGAAAAGAACUAAUAAUUUUGUUUCCAUGUAAUUUAGCAUUUUAACAUUGUCGUCAAAGCUUAUGAUCCUGAACUGUACUGAUCUCUAUUUUUGUUAAAUGAAAUCUUGUGAGCAUUUAGUCUUUA